CCAUGAUCAAAAAGCGAAGCAGACCCCAGCCUCAGCUACGGGAGCGGUCCGUAGAUAUCGAAGAGGAUAGCGUUCCUCAGCCAGAAGAGCAGGAAGGAGAAGAGAAGCUCGGCCUCGAGGAUCUCAUAGAACUCCGCAAGCUAAGACGAGCUAGGGAAGGUAUCGAUGUCACUAAGCUCAACAAAGGCGAGGUCAAGAAGAAAAAGAAGAGACCCCUUGAAGAAGAGGAAGAGCGGGGCGGCCUCAGGGCAGGAGUAGGAGGGUCGGGAGCUAAAGAUGCAGCAGAGGAGGACGAGGAGGAAGACAAGGCUUUGAAAGCUCGAAAGGCUGUCAGAUCUAACAAUUUCACUCAACAGACUAAUGUCUUGGAUGCAGACAAACAUAUGAUGGCUUAUAUAGAGGAGAACAUGAAACUUCGAUAUGGGAAACCGGACGAGGAGGAUAAUAAAGACCAAGGACCGGCAGACCCUUAUGCUGAACUUUUCCGCCUAUCCGAACGCUAUAAGCUGGACAAGAAGGCAGCGGAAGAAGGUAGCGUCACUAGUAGUGUCGCUAUGUUGACAGCAAUUCCCGAGGUGGAUCUAGGAAUGGAUGUACGAUUAAAGAACAUCGAGGAGACGGAAAAGUUGAAGAGGGUAGUUGCUGAGCAGAGGAAAGAACGGAAACCCGACACUAAUAAUGAUGAGGAACAUUUGGCUGCUGCACGAUUUUUCCGCCCUAAUUACAGGCCUAAGUCUGACGCCGACAUCAUGCGGGACGCUAAGAUGGAAGCGAUGGGGCUCCCGCCGCAGGAGGAGCACUCUCGGUCCCAUAGCUCGCGGCCACAGAUGGCGACCGACGAACUGGUCAUGGAGCGUUUCAAGAAAAGGAUGCGGAAAUAACACAUUGAGAUCUUUUGAUCCAUCACUUUACUAUCCUACAUGCGUAUUUCAUCCGCAUAUCUACUCGAGUUAUUGGCCGUAAGAGCGUCGAGGGUAAUAGGCUCGCUUAAGAGAGG